CCCGCGCUGACCCCUGUGUCUCUGCUGGACCGCUGUGGAGAAUAGGAGCCACCUGGACAGCAAGGACUUCUGAUGGAGACCAGAAAAAGAAUAUAUUGGAAAGAAAUCUAAUUACAGAUUGUGUGGGAGAAGAACACAGGAAGAAUCUGUAAAAUGCAGUCAGAGAAUCCAAGAGCGAGAAUUUGGAAAACAAAAUAACAAAACGGCCGACAACUAUAGUGUACUAUGACCUGACUAAACCUCCAGCGCAGCUGUGGAUCUAGACCUUCAACUCAAGCCCACAUGUUCCCCGCCUUGUCUUACUGAAACUGGAAUCUCUAGAGAAGUAUUGCUGGGACGAGGUCACCAUCUUUGAUUAUCCCUCACAUCUGCCUUCUUGGACUUGCACUGAAAUACCAAAAUUCUUCAACGCCCCUCUGGUUCCCUAAGGCAGGUCCACUUUUUUUAUGGUCACAUACUGGAUCCAAACACUGGACUUGUGGCCACUGAAGACUUAGCCACUGAACUAUGGCGGCUGGAGUGGCAACAUGGCUUCCCUUCGCUCGAGCAGCAGCGGUGGGAUGGCUUCCUCUUGCGAAGAGGCCAAUGCCCAAGCCUCCAAGCGACAAGAGAAAAAGAAGCGACGAAAUACUGGUGGUGAACGUCAGUGGUAGGAAGUUCCAGACGUGGAAAAAUACGUUGGACCGCUACCCGGACACUUUGUUAGGAAGCACUGAGAAGGAAUUCUUUUUCAACCAGGAGACACAGGAAUAUUUUUUUGACCGGGAUCCAGAAAUGUUUAGGCACAUUCUCAACUUCUACCGAACAGGCAAGCUACAUUAUCCACGCCAUGAGUGUAUCCAAGCCUUCGAUGAAGAGCUGUCAUUCUAUGGUAUCAUACCGGAGAUCAUCGGAGAUUGUUGUCUAGAAGAAUAUCGCGACCGUAAAAAAGAGAACCUGGAGAGACUCGCGGAGGAUACGGAAGCAGAAACAGCUAAUGAUACCCCUCUACCCCCCGACAGUACCUUCCGACAAAGACUGUGGAGGGCCUUUGAAAACCCUCACACCAGCACUAUGGCUCUUGUUUUCUAUUACGUCACGGGUUUCUUCAUUGCCGUCUCAGUGAUCGCAAACGUGGUGGAAACGGUGCCUUGUCGUCCACCACCCGGGCGCCUUAAGGAUCUGCCUUGUGGGGAAAAAUAUGUGACAGCCUUUGACUGCAUGGAUACGGCCUGUGUCCUCAUCUUCACCUUCGAGUACCUUAUGAGACUCUUUGCAGCCCCAAGUCGUUGUAAGUUCAUGCGUAGUGUCAUGAGUAUCAUUGACGUGGUGGCCAUCAUGCCCUACUACAUACAGCUGGUCAUGCCAGAGAACGAUAAUGUGAGCGGUGCCUUUGUCACGUUACGUGUUUUCCGAGUCUUCCGCAUCUUCAAGUUCUCCCGCCACUCCCAAGGACUACGGAUUCUCGGGUACACCUUGAAGAGCUGCGCCUCCGAGCUCGGCUUUCUCCUUUUCUCCUUGACCAUGGCCAUCAUCAUCUUCGCCACUGUGAUGUUCUAUGCAGAGAAGGGAACGAGCAAGACGAAGUUUACUAGCAUUCCGUCGUCCUUCUGGUACACUAUUGUUACCAUGACAACGCUGGGGUAUGGAGACAUGGUACCAGACACCAUAGCCGGGAAAAUCUUUGGCUCCAUUUGCUCCCUUAGUGGUGUGCUGGUGAUUGCACUGCCAGUCCCUGUCAUCGUAUCGAAUUUCAGCCGUAUUUACCACCAAAACCAGAGAGCCGACAAGCGGCGGGCACAGCAGAAAAUCCGAUUGGCCAGGAUCAGAUUGGCGAAAAGUAACACGACCAACGCCUUCCUGCGUUACAAGGAGAGCGGCGGCCUGGAGGAGGACACUGAGGCUCACGCCCUUUGUGUGAAGAACCGCUCGGCCUUCGAACUCCAGCAUCAUCACCUGCUGCACUGUCUGGAGAAGACCACGUGCCAUGAGUUUACCGAUGAGCACAACUACAGCGAAGCGCUAAUGACCGAGUCCUUCGGGUAUCGGACCAGCCGCAGCACCUCCAUCUCCUCGCAGCAGGGUCUAACCACGUCUUGCUGCCCACGAAGAGCCAAGCGCCGUGCCAUACGACUUGCUAACUCCACUGUCUCCGUCAGUCGUGGCAGCAUGCAAGAGCUGGAAACCCUGCAUGUACAGAAGGGUCUCAGCCAGAGCCGCUCCAGCCUCAACGCCAAAAGCCUGAAGCUGAACUGCGAGACGACCGAUCUAACGGCGGCCAUUAUCAGCAUCCCGACGCCACCUGCCAACACUCCGGACGAGCCCUCGUCACCAAACGCCGGCGUCGUGAGGAACUCCAGCGUCACCGCCAGAUACUAUCAGGAGACUGUCAGGAUUUCCAGCUUGUAGGGUCCGGUAUACCGUCUCCAGAAACACUGUGACACCACACGAACACCUCACAUCAGGACAAUCAAUCCAUCUCCACCAGGACAGCAGAAGCCAUCCGACAAAACACACACCGGGACAACAAAGUCCACUGCUACUGCACAACAGCCUCACGGCAGCAAACACGCUUCCCUCAUCCAAUACAGCACAACUUGAGUCGCCUCCAUUGCCCAUGGCAUCUGUACUCCAUGUCAGACCACUGUCCCCCACAGCACCCGUAAUACAUGGCAACCGAAUGAAAGGGUUAAAAGAAACUGGCGUAUUAAAAGCACAUAUCAAUUCUACUAGGUACUGAUGGGGGUAGUAGUUCCUGGCAGGAGAGUGUAGUCAGCAUAAUCUGGACCUUAAUGCUUUGUGUGGAGGCUCCGGACUAGGACUGUGUUAUACCCGACCACCAUGCAGUAGAAGGAAAGUGACCACCAGAUGUACCAGAAGUCACUUGUCAUAGUUGUCACUUGCCAGUGCAGUGCCCCUGGUUGGUGAAAGGACCCUCGCGGAAGGUAAAACAUGGCAGUGCAGGGGGCAGUCACACUUGGUGGAGUGGGGUUUUCAUUUCAUUCUGUGACCACAUCAAGAUGGGUUAAGGCAGGUCAUAAGGGGUCAGGACCAUCACAGAUACUGAAAGUCAAGUUAUGGGGUAACUGAAGGUCAGUUAUAGGGUGUAAAGACCUUCAGAGAUCCGGAAUAUCAGAUUAUGGGGUAACUGAAGGUCAGUUAUGGGGUGGAAGAACCUUCAGAGGCCCUGAAGGUCAGGCAAUGGGUCAACUGAAGGUCAGUUAUUGGGUGCAAGAACCUUCGUAGAUCCUGAAGGUCAUGUUAUGGGGUAACCGAAGGUCAGUUAUGGGGGUUAUGAACCUUCAGAGAUCAUGAA